CCGGUGUAACUACACCAUAAUGGACAUGAACAUCCAGGCCCAGCAGGACCCCAACCACUGCUCUGAGAACAGGGUCAACAGGGUCAGCGGCUUGUGUGACGAAGGUUGCGUGGCAGGGUUUACAGGGGAGGACUGCACACAAGCCUGCGUGAACUGUGGGGGCGACAGGUCAUGUGAUCAGGUCUCAGGUAUCUGCAGUCAUUCAUGCGUGGCCGGGUUCAUGGGGGAGCUGUGCCUUGACGAGUGUGGCCAUUGUACCGGAGGCUCGUGCGACAGAUACACAGGGGCGUGUCCCAGCGGCUGUGAAGCCAAUUAUCAGGGGCUGACUUGCAAGAGUCGAGCCAGAUCUUGUGCUAACUGUGCCGGGACAUGCGACCAGCAGACGUUACGGUGUGCACAAGGUUGUCAGGCUGGUCUAUGGGGGGAUGAUUGCGUAAAAGAAUGCACACACUGUGCUGGGAACACAUGCGGCGAGCGCGGGGUUUGCACAAAUGGGUGUACUCCUGGCUACCAUUCAGGGGAUUGUUCUCUACGCUGUGGACACUGUACCGGCAACGGCGCAUGCGCUAAAGAGGGCGGGGCUUGCGCUGGCGGAUGUCAGUCAGGAUACCACGGAGCUGCCUGUGAUCAAGCCUGCACCAACUGUGCUGGAGACCGAACCUGUGAUCAAACAACAGGUGCUUGUACGAGGGGAUGCAGGCCUGGCUUCAGUGAUGCCAACUGUGCUCGAGCCUGCUAUAACUGUGCAGGAAAUGGCACUUGCCACAGGACUACCUAUCGCUGUGAUGAAGGCUGCGUUGAAGGUUUUGAAGGGGAUAUUUGUACGACCAAAUCUACUAAGUGGUUCAAGAGAAUCUUGUAUGGGUUACUGGCCUUGUUGUUGCUACUGCUGCUCCUGGGGUUGAUUUAUUACUACUGCUGUAGCAAGGUUGUGUACAUUAACAGGAGACCAGAGGACUCAGACAAGAAUCGCGACAAGGAUUCAAACAGUUCGGAGGAGCCCCCUGGGUGCAUGGGCGCGCCCCCCAAGAAGCCGGACCUGGAAAAAAUGACGCCGAAAGAGAAAGAGAAGUACCUAGAGGAGAGACAGAAAUGGAAAGAGAAGCAGGACAAGCUGAAGGCGAAGAGGAAAGAGGAGAUGGACAAGAUGAGAAAAAAGGAGGCAGAGAAGAGGAAGAAGGAGAAAGAGAAGAGGGAUAAGCAGAACGAAAAGAACAAAAAGAAAGAGGAGGACAGGAAGAAAAAAGAGGACGAAAAGAAGAAAAAAGAUGGCGGUGCAGGCAAAGAUGACAAAUCAAAAGAUAAGGACGGGAAAGGAAAGCCCGAUGCAGACAAGAAUAAAGAUAAGGAUAAAGACGGUGCUGAUAAAAAUAAGGAUAAGGGCGGUAAGGAUAAAGACGGUAAGGAUAAAGACAAAAAGGAUAAAGACAAAAAGGAUAAAGACAAUAAGGAUAAAGACAAAAAGGAUAAAGACAAAAAGGAUAAAGACAAUAAGGAUAAAGACAAUAAGGAUAAAGACAAAAAGGAUAAAGACAAAAAGGAUAAAGACAAUAAGGAUAAAGGCGGUGCUGAUAAAAAUAAGGAUAAGGGGGAUAAGGAUAAAGGCGGUGAGGGUAAGGAUAAUGACGGGGAUGAUAAGGAUAAGGACGGCGCUGGCAACGAUAAAGAUGAUAAGGAUAAAGAUGGCGGCGGUGGGGGUAAGGGUAAAAAAGGUGCUGGAAAAGAUGGGAAGGGGAAGGGUAAGGGUGGGAAGGGUAAGGGUGGGGACGACAAAUCAAGUAAAAACCCACCGAAGGUAUCUUCAUCAGUCGACAAAAACAAAGCAGGCGGCAAGUCUCGGAAGUCAGGGGCCAGCUCGACCGAUCCCAGCAAAUCGCCGAAACCAGACAACAAAAACUCCGGGAAAUCCCAGCAGCAAAAACCUAAACAGGAUCAGAAAAACAAAUCCAACGACGACGAAGAUUUUGAUAUAUCGUUUCCAAAAGUGCGACCGAUUGCCUUGGGGGGUAAGAAAGACGACGCACCCUAUGACCCUAACUCGGGUGGAGGGAGUUUGUACCAAGGAAAGAGGGUACGAAUACGAAAGAUGAGCGAUCAUUUUUUCGUGCAGAAGGAAUGGGAGAUGCCAGAAGAAGAGCACGGCACGUACCAGGCGAAGGAGGGCGAAACUUUACAUGAGAUGGAAAAAUAG